UGAUGAUGCAGAAGAAAAAUAUACUAGAAUUUUCAUGUUUGUUUAUUUUUCAUCUUCGCAUCAUUGGACAAAAGACAGCGGCAUGAUCGAAUAUAUUAAGUACGAAUAUCCAACAUCAGACUUUAAUUGAAACUCAUUAUAUUCCGGACUAAAUACAGUUUAAACAGUAAGUUUGGAUUCAUGUUUAUAAAUGUCACCAAUAUUCUCAUCAUCCUAAACGAAGACUUGUUUCAACACGAACAGGAAUAACUCCAGGUGUUUCAACUGAGAUCUGCGGGAUAAAACAUUGUAAAAUGAUGUUUAUUAAAGAAGAGAGUGAGGACAUGAGUUAUCCAGAAUCAUGCAGUUCAAAUGUCAUGAAAAAUGAAGAUACAGAGGAACAAAGAGAGAUGGACGUGAAAUUGGAAAGACAAGAACUAAAUGAAGUGGAGGAGAAACACCAUCCGUAUCAGACACUUCAUACUUUCAGAACUGAACAAAACACUUUUAGUGGCUCACAAACUGAAAAGAAUUUCUCACAAAAGAGAACUAAAAGAACAAGAACCAAAAAUUAUUUCACCUGCCAUCAGUGUGAGAAAACUUUCACACAGAAAAGUCAUUUUCAGAGUCACAUAAGAAGUCACACCGGAGAGAAGCCUUUCACCUGCCAUCAGUGUGGGAAUACUUUUACACGUAAAGAAAGUGUUACUAAGCACAUGAGAAUUCACACUGGAGAGAAGCCUUUUAAAUGCCAUCAGUGUGGGAAGGGUUUCAGACAGGCAUGCAUUCUCAAAAAUCACCUGUCCUUGCACUCUGAGGAAAAGUCAUAUAGCUGUGAUCAGUGUGGGAAAAAAUGUUCUUCAGCAUCAGUUUUAAGAACACAUCGGAAAAUUCAUCAAAAAGAGAAGCCUUACUUGUGUUCACCUUGUGAAAAGAGUUUUUCUCAUCUGCAAAGUUUAAAAGACCACCAGAGAAAACACACCGGUGUGAAACCUCAUGUGUGCUCUGAGUGUGGUAUGGCCUUUCAUAGACCUUACAACUUGGAACAGCACCAAAGGAUUCACACUGGAGAAAAACCUUACAAGUGUUCAUAUUGUGAAAAAAGUUUCAUUAGUUCAGGAAACCUGAAAAAACAUGAGAGGGUGCAUACUGGAGAGAAGCCGUACCACUGCAACUCAUGUGGAAAAACUUUCACUAUUUCAGGAAACCUGAAGAAACAUGAGAGAGUGCAUACUGGAGAUAAACCAUACCACUGCACUUCAUGUGGGAAGAGUUUCACUGGGUCAGGAAACCUAAAAAAACAUGAGAGAGUGCAUACUGGAGAGAAGCCAUACCACUGCACUUCAUGUGGGAAGAGUUUCACUACAUCAGGAAACCUGAAAGUACAUGAACGAGUGCAUACUGGAGAGAAGCCAUACCACUGCACUUCAUGUGGGAAGAGCUUUACACGUAAAGACAGUGUUACUAAGCACAUGAGAAUUCACACUGGAGAGAAGCCUUUUAAAUGUCAUCAAUGUGGGAAGAGUUUCAGACAGGCAUGCAUUCUCAAAAAUCACCUGUCCUUGCACUCUGAGGAAAAGUCAUAUAGCUGUGAUCAGUGUGGGAAAACAUUUUCUUCAGCAUCAGCUUUAAGAACACAUCGGAAAAGUCAUCCAAAUGAGAAGCUUUACUUGUGUUCACCUUGUGGAAAGAGUUUUUCACAUCUGCAAAGUUUAAAAGACCACCAGAGAAAACACACCGGUGUGAGAAAUCAUGUGUGCUCUGAGUGUGGUAUGGCCUUUCAUAGACCUUACGACUUGGAACUGCAUCAAAGAAUCCACACUGGAGAAAAACCUUACAAAUGUUCAUAUUGUGAAAAAAGAUUCACUAGUUCAGGAAGCCUGAAAAAACAUGAGAGGGUGCAUACUGGAGAGAAGCCGUACACCUGUACUUCAUGUGGGAAGAGUUUCACUAUUUCAGGAAACCUCAAGAAACAUGAGAGAGUGCAUACUGGAGAGAGGCCGUACCACUGCACUUUAUGUGGGAAGGGUUUCAUUGGGUCAGGAAACCUGAAAAAACAUGAGAGAGUGCAUACUAGAGAGAAGCCAUGACACUGCACUUCAUGUGGGAAGAGGUUCAGACACAUAAGUAAUCUAUUGCCCCACAGAAGAAAUUAUUGUCCUGAGUUGUCACAGUGAGCAAAGUUCGUCUUUGUUUGCCAUGGAAAUAGUAUGAAAUUAAGAAAAAACGAUAUGUAGUUCCUCUCAAAAGAAAAAUUACAAUGAAUUGAAAAAAGUUGCAGCUGGUCGAAAUAGUGUUGUUGAGUGAAAAAAACAUUGAUUAGCUGCAUCCCUGUAUAAGUCGCACUGAUGCUGUUGUAUGCGGCAGGCAUUAGGGCCCAAUAGCAUCCACCCGACUUCCCUACAGCCACUCCACAUGUCAGACUCGCUCCGUGAAGAUUACCUCAGGAUCUAUGCAUCGUAUCACACCGUAUUUGGCCUUGUUUUGAUUGGGAGAAUCAUCUGUACCAGUUUUUUAUACUCAGUUUGUUUCAUGAAAAAAUGUUCAAGCCACAUCUUUU